AAGAACUUGCUUCAGGCUAAACUUCAGCAUAGGAACUUUGCCCAAAAGUUAAUAGGUUUUCCAAAUACUGCAAUGUAGUUAGCCUACUCGGGCUGUAACUUGAGUGGAAAGAAGAGUUGCCGCCCCCACUCCCAUUCUCUCUCCUAUUUGCAGGCCUGUUGUAUAUUCUUCUGUCAGAGACCACAGGGUUUUGGAACUCAGAAAAACUCACUUAACCUGAUGACAAAAACCCGGGUUAAGGAGGAGGAAGGAAGGAAAAACAAUUUAGCUGCUUGCCUAAACAGUUCAAUUUGUCAGAAAUAGACUUAGGCCAGUACUGAUGCAGGCACUGCAGGAGCCCUGACUCCACAGCAUGUUCGAGCUCAUUCCUCUCCAGCUUCUCUGCAGUUGGGAGCUGUUUCUCCUGGGACACUGACCCCCACUGGAGUAGUCUCUGGUCCAGCAGCUACACCCACAGCUCAGCAUCUUCGACAGUCUUCUUUUGAGAUACCUGAUGAUGUACCUCUGCCAGCAGGUUGGGAGAUGGCAAAGACAUCUUCUGGUCAGAGAUACUUCUUAAAUCACAUCGAUCAGACAACAACAUGGCAGGACCCCAGGAAGGCCAUGCUGUCCCAGAUGAACGUUACAGCCCCCACCAGUCCACCAGUGCAGCAGAAUAUGAUGAACUCGGCCUCAGGUCCUCUUCCUGAUGGAUGGGAACAAGCCAUGACUCAGGAUGGAGAAAUUUACUAUAUAAACCAUAAGAACAAGACCACCUCUUGGCUAGACCCAAGGCUUGACCCUCGUUUUGCCAUGAACCAGAGAAUCAGUCAAAGUGCUCCAGUGAAACAACCACCACCCCUGGCUCCCCAGAGCCCACAGGGAGGCGUCAUGGGUGGCAGCAACUCCAACCAGCAGCAACAGAUGCGACUGCAGCAACUCCAGAUGGAGAAGGAGAGACUGCGGCUGAAACAACAAGAACUGCUUCGGCAGGCAAUGCGGAAUAUCAAUCCCAGCACAGCAAAUUCUCCAAAAUGUCAGGAAUUAGCACUGCGUAGCCAGUUACCAACACUGGAGCAGGAUGGUGGGACUCAAAAUCCAGUGUCUUCUCCCGGGAUGUCUCAGGAAUUGAGAACAAUGACGACCAAUAGUUCAGAUCCUUUCCUUAACAGUGGCACCUAUCACUCUCGAGAUGAGAGUACAGACAGUGGACUAAGCAUGAGCAGCUACAGUGUCCCUCGCACCCCAGAUGACUUCCUGAACAGCGUUGAUGAGAUGGAUACAGGUGAUACUAUCAACCAAAGCACCCUGCCCUCACAGCAGAACCGUUUCCCAGACUACCUUGAAGCCAUUCCUGGGACAAAUGUGGACCUUGGAACACUGGAAGGAGAUGGAAUGAACAUAGAAGGAGAGGAGUUGAUGCCAAGUCUGCAGGAAGCUUUGAGUUCUGACAUCCUUAAUGACAUGGAGUCUGUUUUGGCUGCCACCAAGCUAGAUAAAGAAAGCUUUCUUACAUGGUUAUAGAGCCCUCAGGCAGACUGAAUUCUAAAUCUGUGAAGGAUCUAAGGAGACAUACGCACCUGAAAUUUCCAUAAGCCAGUUGCAGUUUUCUGGCUAAUACAGAAAAAGAUGAACAAACGUCCAGCAAGAUACUUUAAUCCUCUAUUUUGCUCUUCCUUGUCCAUUGCUGCUGUUAAUAUAUUGCUGACCUCUUUCACAGUUGGCUCUAAAGAAUCAAAAAAAAGAAAAAAACUUUUUGUUUCUUUUGCUAUUAUAACUACUGUUCAUUUUGGGGGCUGGGGGAAGUGAGCCUGUUUGGAUGAUGGAUGCCAUUCCUUUUGCCCAGUUAAAUGUUCACCAGUCAUUUUAACUAAAUACUCAGACUUAGAAGUCAGAUGCUUUAUGUCACAGCAUUUAGUUUGCUCACCAGUUGUUUCUUCAGCUGCCUUUGGCCAGUGGAAAAACAUGAUUUACUGGUCUGACAAGCCAAAAAUGUUCUAUCUGAUAUUAAAUACUUAAUGCUGAUUUGAAGAGAUAGCUGAAACCAAGGCUGAAGCCUGUUUUACUUUCAGUAUUUUCCUUUCCUCCUAGUGCUAUCAUUAGUCACAUAGUGACCUUGAUUUUAUUUUAGGAGCUUAUAAGGCAUGAGACAAUUUCCAUAGAAAUAUAUUAAUUAUUGCCACAUACUCUAGUAUAGAUUUUGGUGGAUAA